AUGGGGGGCAGCCCUGUCCAGAAUGGCAGCGAUCCAUCCAAAGGAAGCAGCGGGUCUCAGAGCUCUCUGUCCUGUGCUGGGGACCAGAUGCGCAGAUACAGGACAGCCUUCACCAGGGAGCAGAUAGCACGUCUGGAGAAGGAAUUCUACCGGGAGAACUAUGUGUCAAGGCCCAGGAGGUGCGAACUGGCCGCAGCCUUGAACCUGCCAGAGACCACCAUCAAGGUGUGGUUUCAGAACAGAAGAAUGAAAGACAAGCGACAGCGGUUGGCAAUGACCUGGCCUCACCCAGCAGACCCAGCCUUUUACACCUACAUGAUGAGCCAUGCAGCUGCCACUGGCAAUCUACCUUACCCCUUCCCAUCUCACCUACCUCUUCCUUACUACUCUCACAUGGGUCUUGGCACCACUUCACCCUCAGCUGCCAAUCCUUUCAGCUCACCACUAAGACCACUGGAUACCUUCAGAGUCCUCUCUCACCCUUACCCUAGACCAGAACUCCUAUGUGCAUUCCGACAUCCA